AUGAAUCGCAACACAAAUGGAGAUGUGCUUCACUAUUAUGGAUCCAAAGGAGAGCAAGAGCCAAUUCAACUAAAACCCGGAGUGUACGGCUUGAGCUGCAGCCUGCUAGAUACCCCUUGGAAGAAACUCCAACAUGGGAAGAAUCUGUUUGCUGACAUCAUCAAAAAGAGCCAGGACAUUGCCAGAGAAGACCUAGUACAGGAGCUUAUUAAAGUGAUGAAUAAUGAAGAACCACAGUUACCAGACCCAGCUAUAGAAGAACAGGGAAAAGACUUUGUCCGGCCAAUCCUACGCAGCUAUUCAGCAGUUUGUGUUCGUUGCCCAGGCUAUGGAACAAGGACCAACACCAUCGUUCUUAUUGAUGGAGAAGGACAAGUGACCUUCACGGAGCGCACAAUGCUAAAUUGUGACAUCACUCAGUGGAAAACCAGCACUUAUCAGUUUAAGCUACAACCCUAGCGCCUCAUCCUAAAGAAAAGUCUGUGUUAACCAAGGAGAAAUAUACAUAACACACAUAUCUGGUGCUUGAAAUAUGCGAAAACAUAUUCACUUAUUUGAAACAACUGUAUCAACUAGCACAAAAGCCAGAGAACCAAAAUAAUUGCAGUAGUGCAAACCACAGCACAAUCACCAGUUGGAAAUAUCUCUUUGUCUCUGAACAUGUUUUUUUAACUUGGUGGUAUUUAUGCAGCAAGCGCAUCAAUAAUGCAUCAGAUGCCAUAAAAAACAAAUGGGUAGGAAAAACAGUCAGUAUUUUAUCUGUAAUCUGAGCGGCAGUGAUCUGUGAUUUGUAGCCUCUAGUUUUGCUUUAAGAACAUGCAUUAAGAAGUGAUAGGGCUAAUAACGUGAGGACAUCAUUAUGCUGAGAUUUGUAACGUGACGGGAUCAGCCAUCUUGGUUUAUUUUCUUACCAGAGCCUAAGGUUUUAUUUUAAUGACUGAUCUUGAGGCAAGAUAUUAACUAAUAUUAGUGCUGGCUGUUAGAGAGUGCGGCUUCCUAGCUAAAUAGCUUUUAAUAAAAAUGUCAAGCUUUUACAAGAUCCAGUUUUAUCAUCUGGGGAGGGGGAAUAUUGCCUCAAUUAUCUAAAAUAACAAUUCUGAUAAUCUGGCAUGUUUGAGACUAUAAGGCCUAGUUCACACUUCAGUGUUUGGUCAGUGAUUUCCAUCAGUGAUUUGUGAGCCAAAACCAGAAGUGGAGCCUCCAUAGACAUUAGGUAGAAGGGAA